CAUCCUGCUUUUCCACCAGGCCUCACAACCGCAGAGGAAGAGGAGCCGUGUUUAUUGUUGAUUGUGCCAUGCCAUCGUAGGGUUUUUCGCGUAAUAAACCAUCUUAAUUUAUAUUACAAGGAUAUAUGUAUGUGUUUUUUGGACGAGGGUGAUAUUUAUUUUUGGUACAUUAACCAGCGACUAAAAUGACUGACGUUAAUUGUGGGUCUUUACAGACCCAGUUGGGUGCUAUAAUGGAAGUCUUAGCAAAGGCUGCUAUCACAGAAAUAAUACAACUUUUUGACGACAGCUAUGCAGUGUUGCGCCUUGAGAUUUCCCGACAUCAAAACGAUAAUGUGGAGCUUAAAAGGAAAUUGCAAGAGGCGAAAGAAGAACUAAGGACUGUACAAAUACGAAUUGAAGCAGAUGACCUGGCAGGACAGGACUGGAGCCCACUGAGAGGUGGGGUGGGGGGGGCAGCAAGAUGCAGCAGCCCUGAACAGCCACUGAGUGCUGAGGACAAGUGUUCGAGCACCCAGGGGCAGGAGUCAGACUUAAUGCAGAUCAAAGAGGAAAGGCUUGAGGAUGACCUGUGGAACCAAGGAUUAGAGCCCAUGAAAUAUGAGACUACCACUGCCGGCAACUCACAUUUCAACCGGCGGCUCUACACAGAUCGCUCAAGUUCGCAACGCAAUCCAGAAUCAACCCCGGGACCAAAGCAUCCAUCCUUCACAUUCACCCAGGACCCCUCUACACACAUGUCAUGCAUACCAGACAUCAACUCGCAUCUCACACAAACCAGCAUCUCAAAUACACAUCUUGCAUACCCACAAAGUUCAAACACGUAUCCACCUGACCCACCCGCACACUUCACAGACAUGCAUGGACCGCAGGGAGACCUCAAACAUGCACAGGGCACCAGCAGAGCCCUCACGCACGCACAGGACUGUCACACUCCCGUCACCACACACGUGCCGGAGGCGUUGGAGUUCGGCGAGCUGAGGCUGAAGGCUGAGCGGCGGGAGGAGGAGCAGGCGGCCCUGGGCCACCAGGAGACGCGAGGGGAGCGUGGACGGGAGAAACAGACCGACGGCCGGCCAGCGGACCAGGAGGACGCUCAGCUGUGGGGUCCCCUCACAGAAGAGGAGGAGGAGGAGGAGGAGGAACACGACAGCGAUACGAACCACAGCUUUGACGAGCUGCUCUAUGGGAUGGAGCAGUACUCCCAUGUGCAUGGAGACGAGCUGCACCUAGACACGUCGCAGACGCCUCCUUCCAUGCACGACACCAGCGUGGAGGUGUUCGGGGCCGACAUGGCCGUGACGCAGUCUCAGCUCCUGCAGAGGACGGCUCAUCAGGGACACAUGCAGGCGAGACGCACGGCGCCCCCUACGGGCUCACAGUUCCACCCACACGUGCCCUCGCACGAGCUGCCCCCCCACAUCUGCAGCAUCUGCAAGAAAGACUUCACCAGCUUGCCUUACCUGCGCAAACACCUGCGCAGCCACUCCGGCGAGAGGCCCUUCACCUGUUCCAUCUGCUACAAGCACUUCCUGUGCUCCUCGCACCUGACCAUCCACCUGCGCACGCACACGGGCGAGCGGCCGUACGCCUGCAGCACCUGCGGGAAGAGGUUCACCCAGCAGAGCAGCCUGAAGACGCACCAGAGCGUCCACAGCGGCCUGCGGCCGUACAGCUGCUCCUACUGCGGCAAGAACUACACCCUCAUGCACCACCUCAAGAGACACAUGGGCACACACGAGAAGUGCUGAAGACUACACACACACACACACACACACACACACACACACACACACACACACACACACACACACCCUCAUGCACCACCUCAAGAGACACAUGGGCACACACGAGAAGUGCUGAAGACUACACUGACAUGCAUACACACACACACACACACACACACACACACACACACACACACACACACUCUGUUCAGGGAGUGUUUCCUAUGGAAGGACUAUAUGCCAUCACUGUUUACUUCAUCGGUUUAGUAAUCAAGGAAUUUCUUUUACUCCUUCUGUCAGAAUGAAUUGCACAUCAAUAACUGCAUUUCAAUCAGGCAGAUGGAUCACAUGAAUCGUUACUGGACUGGAAAUACCAGUAUAUACACCACAACAUUUCUGAAAUGAUUCUUGGACCGGCCUGAGUUUUUAACACAUUUUAACCACUGACAUUGCCUACGUGCUCCUGUAGGCCUCCUGGUCUGAUACCCAGGGCAGGGACAUACAAAUGAAAAUGUAAACGCUGUACUGUAAGUGACUUGAGAUGUAUAUAUAUAUAAAUAUAAGACA